AAAAAUGACAACACAGAUCAGAGACGGAGCAUUAGACCUAGACUACAUUCACGUGAUCCGUCUAUACCUAGACACAGCAGGUCUUUGGCCGAACGAGAUAUUCUUCCCCAGCACCAUGCGUACACACAUCCUAUCCAUUUAUCAUAAAGUGACGUUGGCUAUACUCGUUUACGCUGAGAUCUCGGCACUGUUUCUAGUCAGAGUCAGAAUGAGAACUCAUAGUUUCAUUGACUUGGGGCAGGAUUACUUGUCUAUUUUGAUGUCUUUCGUCAUGAUUACAAGAAUGACACUAAAGCUCCAAAAGAAAUACCGGUCAGUUAUAAAAAACUUCGUUGCAAAGUUUCAUUUACUGAAUCACGAGUGUGAUUCUAAAUUUGCAACUAAGGAGUAUGAAAAGGUCAACAAAAUUUGCCGAAUAGCGACCAUAGUGAUAUUGUUAGAGUGUCUGAUGGGGCAAGUAAUGUUCAACGCAGUCCCAAUAUACGUAAACUUCCAAGCGGGGUUGUUCACGGACCGCGACCAUAGACCACCGAAUGUAACCUUCGUCCACUCUAUCAACUAUUACUUCAUCAUAGACCAAUAUAAUGACGCGAUCGGUUACACCAUAGUCUCAUUUUUAAACGGCUUCAUAUCAUAUAUUUGUGGGGUCUUGUUCUGUGGCUUAGAUCUAUUGAUUUACGUAAUUGUCUUUCACAUAUUGGGUCACUUUAAUAUACUUGUGGAUAAAAUGAGGAGCUUUCCGAGACCAAUGUGCUGCCCUGAUGAAUCUGAAGAAUCUUUAGAGAAGAAAUAUAAUGAAGAAGCAUUUGAACUGUUGAAGAAUUUAAUACAACAUGACCAGUUGAUUAAAGAGUUCUUGAACGAUACAUCGACGACCUUUAGCAUCACCCUGUGCAUAUGCCUUUUCUUCCAUCAAGUUUCUGGAUGCAUUUCGCUUCUAGAAAUUUCUCCGAUGACCGCUGAGGCACUGAUACGAUAUGGUCCUUUGCUAUUGGUGUUGUACAAUCAACUGAUACAGAUGUGCGUGAUUUUUGAACUCAUCAGUUCCAAGAGUGACACCCUCUCAAACGAAGCAUACGCGCUACCGUGGGAGCAGAUGGACAAUAGGAACAGGAAGACCUUGUUACUCUUUCUCGUGAACGUGCAGAAGCCCAGGGGUCUGAAGGCCGGAGGCUUGGUUUCAGUGGGAGUGCUCAUUAUGAGUCAGAUUAUAAAGAACUCGUUUUCUUAUUUCUUAAUAUUACGGACUGCUGGAAAUUUAUAAUUUUGAUGACGUGAUACCAACAUGUACUUAUAGAAACACGUGUAAAACUCAUUAUAACAUUAAUUAAUAUGUCUACAGA